GACUCUUAUUUUCCCUCGUCAAUUUCCUAAAACUCGUACACAUGCGCAUUUAAGAUUAUCGAUCACAUAGCGUUUCUAAAAUGUGGCCAUUUUUGUAGCAUCCAUGGCCAGGUAAAGUGUGAAUUGUGUUUUUUCCAGAAGCAUCAUCCAUUAGUCAUGGGGUUCUAGCCACCUAAGUUUUGCACACAUAAGUGUGCCAGCACAAAUAGUAAAAAUGACAGCCACAAUGGCGCCUUCUUUCAUCGCCUUCUCGGCACCACCGCAAAUACUAUCGUUAUUGAAAAAUCUUUCCAACAAAAGUACCAUAAACAGCAUUGUACUUGCCAAAAAUGAGUCCAGUGCUGAUAUGGAAACAAGAGCCCGUCUCGCCAUCUUCUGAAUAUGACGAGACGGCGCAUCUAGACGUUACUAUCUACAAUACGACACCUUUCAAUGAACUAGACAUCAAACUUGAUACCGACUUUGAGUCACUUGCUACAUUCGAGUCCAAAGCAGAGGCUGCUUCUCAUAUUCUCGAAAAUUUGGAAAAUUUAAUGGAUCUCGAUGAACUUAUUAAAGAAGAACCAUUCCUACUCGACGAGAAAAUAUUGCCGAUCCUUGACGAAGUGGAACCACCUCGUGCAGUACCUAUACCCGUUCAAAACUUAAAAACUGAGUUAAGCAACGCUAACGAUACUCAAUAUCUUCUGAAGGAAUUCGAAAACGUUUAUGAAGUACUAGACUUUUCCCAUGUGACUCUAACACCACCUCAGUCGCCACCAAGUCAACCAACGUUGACUACACUAGAACCACUACUUCAGUAUCAAAUAGUACCUGAAACCAAAUUGGUUUACCAGCAACCGGAGAAGCAGUUUCUCUCUGAGAACUUUACCCAAAUCAACUAUCCGAUAACAUUAAACACACCUCAACCUGAUAUAGCUCGCGAAUUAGCAGUUGUAGAUGAAUUGGUAAGGAGCAGAGUGGAGGAUAUGCAAUGGAGUAGUAGCGGAAGUAGCGGACCCGGAUCUCCCGGUAGCAGCAGCUGUAGUAACUUCGGAGAUUGUUCAUCCGACGACCCCGAAUGGGUACCGGAACCAAUUGAACAAUAUAACGAAGAUGGUCCGAUAAAACCAUCUCGUAAAAGAACGAAACCUUAUUCUAAGCACGCUCCCGAAGAGAAAAAAGUUCGUAAAAAAGAGCAGAAUAAGAACGCCGCUACUAGAUACCGUUUGAAGAAAAAAGCCGAAAUAGAAGUGAUCCUUCACGAAGAGAAAGGUCUUUUGGACAAGAAAUCCGAGCUGGAGGUUAAAGUCACCGAUUUAAACAGGGAAAUCAAGUACUUGAAAGGUCUCAUGCGUGAUCUCUUUAAGGCUAAGGGUCUCAUCAACUAACAAACACUUUUAUCUCUUUAGUUAAAUAAAUUUAUAUUUUUAGCUUUAACUUUGUUGAUAUCACGCUGUUACUGUUGUGUUCAUGUCAACAUUGGUAUCAAUUAGGUUUAAGUCGUAUUGUAGGUAGUUACAUUAAGAAAGAUUUUUUUUACUUUUUUUUUAGAUUUAGGAAUUCUCCUUUCGAUUAUUUGGAUUUUUUUAUCCAUUUAUGAGAUUUGAGGUGAUCUUUUCAUAUUUCACUUUUAACAUAAUUGUAAUGGUUUUACUAACUGAAUAAAGGUUAUUUUAAAUGGG